GUGUGCGAGCUAGCGGGCGGGCGGGCGGGCGUGCUCGGGCCUCAGGGCUCAGGGCUGGGACAGCGACCGGCGCAGGUUGUCCCCUGGGCUCGGUCUGGGCUGUCCCCUCACCCACCCGCCUUGAGCCAUGGCUCCCACUCUGGCCACUGCCCACCGGAGGCGAUGGUGGAUGGCCUGCACCGCCGUGGUGGAAAAUCUUCUUUUCUCUGCUGUCCUCCUGGGCUGGGGGUCUCUGCUCAUCAUGCUCAAGUCGGAGGGCUUCUAUUCCUAUCUGUGUACAGAGCCAGAGAACAUCACCAACAGCUCUGUCCAGGCCCAAGAUAUGGAGCAGGAAGAGGUGAGCUGGAUGAACAAUUGGCUCAGCUGUAAGGCCCAGGAUGAAAUGCUGAACUUGGCUUUUACAGUGGGCUCCUUCCUGCUUAGCGCCAUCACUCUUCCCCUAGGCAUCGUCAUGGACAAAUAUGGGCCUCGUAAGCUGCGUUUGCUUGGCAGUGCCUGCUUUUCUGUUUCUUGCUUGAUGAUCGCCUAUGGAGCCAGCAACCCAAACUCCCUCUCUGUGCUCAUCUUCAUCUCCCUGGCUCUGAAUGGCUUCGGCGGGAUGUGUAUGACCUUCACAUCACUGACGCUGCCCAACAUGUUUGGUGACCUUCGGUCCACGUUCAUCGCUCUAAUGAUCGGCUCUUAUGCUUCUUCUGCGGUGACUUUUCCAGCAGUCAAGGUGAUCUAUGACUUUGGGGUCUCCUUCAUCAUCAUCCUGGUUGUUUGGGCUGGCUGUGCUGGGCUCGUUUUCCUGAAUUGCUUCUUAAACUGGCCCCUGGAGCCUUUCCCAGGACCGGAGGACAUGGACUACACAGUGAAGAUCAAGUUCAGCUGGCUGGGCUUUGACCACAAGAUCACCGGGAAGCAGUUCUACAAGCAGGUGACUACAGUGGGCCGGCGCCUCAGCGUGGGCAGCUCCAUGAAGCAGACCAAGGAGCAAGCAGCCCUGCAGGAGGGCAACAAGCUCUGUCUGUCCACCAUCGACCUGGAGGUGAAGUGUCAGCCAGAUAAUGCAGCAGCCCCCUCCUUCAUACACAGCCUGUUCAGCCCCAUCCUCCUGCUCAGCCUGGUCACCAUGUGCGUCACUCAGCUCCGACUCAUCUUCUACAUGGGUGCCAUGAACAACAUCCUCAAGUUCCUUGCCGGCGGCAGCCAGGAUGCAGUGGGUCUUUACACAUCCAUCUUUGGUGGGCUCCAGCUGCUCUGCCUCCUGACGGCCCCUGUCAUUGGAUACAUCAUGGACUGGAGGCUGAAGGAAUGUGACGAUGGCUCUGAAGAGGCCGAGGAGAAAGAUGGUGACCAAGGGGAGAAGAAGAAGAAGCGAGAUCGCCAGAUUCAGAAGAUCACCAAUGCCAUGAGGGCUUUUGCGUUUACGAACCUCCUGCUGUUGGGGUUUGGAAUCACGUGUCUCAUUCACAAUCUGCCUCUGCAGAUUCUGUCCUUCAUCCUGCACACAAUCGUUCGGGGCUUCAUCCACUCUGCCGUCGGGGGUCUCUAUGCUGCUGUGUACCCCUCCACCCAGUUUGGCAGCUUGACGGGCCUUCAGUCCCUGAUCAGCGCGCUCUUUGCUCUCCUGCAGCAGCCUCUGUUUGUGGCAAUGAUGGGGCCCCUUCAGGGAGACCCGUUUUGGGUCAACAUGGGCCUCCUCGGGCUGAGCCUGCUGGGCUUCUGCUUGCCUCUUUACCUGAUCUUCUACCGGCGACAGCUGCAGAGGCAGCUGGACCAGAAGAGGGAGGACGAGAAACUCUUCCUUAAGAUCAAUGGCACCCCCAAUCAGGAAGCCUUUGUGUAGGCGGUGGCUGCCUGUGGCACCCCCCACGCUUCACUCUACAGCUCCUCCCCAACUCUGACCAUGGCUGCCUUUGACCCCCCCACCCCCCGGCCUGGCCGGAGCAUACAUCCCACAUCACCCUGCCUCUGCCCCUGUCCACCCUGACAUUCUUGGGAUUCAACAGCUGUGUUUGCAGCUCAGGCCCUUGGGCCCUCACCAGGAGCUGGGAUGAGAUGGGAUGGAUGCUGAGGGCCUGAGACAGCAGCCCCUGGUACUAGACUGACUGCCUCAUCCUUGUUAGGGUGGGCCUUCCUGGUCUUUCUGGCCAGAGCUGCUUAGGAGCUACAUCCCCAUGAGGCUGGUACUACCCUCUGCCCACCUCCCAGCUCCAUCUCUGUGCUCCCGGAGGACCGGUCUGGUGGCUCUCUGCUUUCUGCCACAACGGACUGACCAGGACGAUACUGUGGGGUUGGCACCAAACUCGGAUGCCUAGUGGGCCCCCUUUCCUGAGUUCUUGGGUAACGCCUCAUUCACCAAAUUUUAGGAAGGGGGCCAUCCUCCAUGCCCCCCCCCCCCCCGUGAGUCAGGCCAGCUGCUGCGUCUGCUGCAUGCUGGCACACUGUCUACCCACGAUGAGGCUUUUGAGGCCUGUCCGCUCCACAUGGACCCAGAUACACACCUCCUGGCCUGGUGGCACCCGGGAUGGCCAUCACCCACGAAAGCUGUCUGAGGAAGGAAGGGCCCUCUUGUCAUUGUUGGUGCUAACUCCCUUGUGAUUCUGCUCUUGUCCCACAUCCCCGCCCUGCAGAGUCUCUGCUAUCCUGUGCAUGGGGGACCCCUGUCACCUGCAUCUUGCUGUGUCCCUGCUGGCCAGGACAGAGGGAAUGGCCUUGCUCUGAGACUGGGGCAAAGGUCAGGGGACACGAGGCAAGACCUCACAGGGAGCCCCGGAGCCUGACCCUUGGCCUUAGAGGGCAGUUGGGUGGGUGGGGCCUCACUGGGCAGCCCUGGGCAGGGUCCAUUUGCAGAAUGGGGGGCAUUUGGGGGGGUAGGGGAAGAGAAUGAAGGGAGGGGGCCUGUUGGACUCCCAGACUCUUUGGGGGAGGGGGGGAAGAAUCGUGUGUUUGGAUUUUGGAAUUAUGUGAGUGUGUGCCUGGGUGUGUGUGUUCAGGACCAGAGCCCCUGGGCUGGUUUGUGUGAGAUGGAGUGAUGCAGCUGCAGAUCUACGGCGCCCCCUGGCGUUAGGCUUUCCAAAGUUGUCCUGGCCCUUUAUGGAAUGCAGGGGCCCCUCUUGGCCUAGCUGUUCCCUUCUAUCCCUGCUCCAGCUGGGCAGUGGGAAACAGGUGCUGCCCUUGGGGCUCUGGCCCAGGAUGUGGCUUCCGUGUGUGCGCCUGCCGCACCCGUCAGUUGCUACCUGUUUUUAAAAGGACUAUUUCUUGAGGCUUCCUAGUAGGUCUAAAAGUGGUAUGGGCUUGGGAUUUUUUUUUUGUCUUAUUUUAAAGUUUUCUCAAACUUUUUUUUUAUUAUAAAGCAAUAAAUCCAUCUUCCUUGUAGUCAA